CCGGCUGCCCGUUCCCCCUUCCCCGAGCACCUGUUGCGGCUUUACGCCCGCGCAGCCCCUUCCGCAGGCGCGGAGCUCCGCGCCGCGCAUCCGCCCCCACCGCGGGUCCCUGGGACGCGUUGCGCCCAUCCCCCCCAAUUCUUGUCUUUUUUUUUUUUUUUUUUGAAACGAAGUGUUUGAAUAAACACCCGCGCCUCCCCAGCUCAGCCCGGCGCAACUUCUCACUGCGCGGGUGCGGACCGCGCAUCCUUCACGCGCGUGUGUGUGCGCACGUCCCCCUCCCGCGCAGCCCCGCGGUGCGGAGCCUCGGGACGGAGCCGCGGCUCGCUGCGCGCCGCGGAGCCGCCGCCGGUGCCCGUCUCCUGAGAACAUUUUUUUCUGAGUGACUCCAGCUUCCAGACACAUUUGCCAUGAGAAGGGUUCCAAUCCUUUCCUGUAUUUGCCCUGAGUCAUGAAUGGAUAUGUGUGAUGCCUGCAAGUAAAACUGGGUAAGAAGAGUGACCUUUUUGGGUGGCUGUAACUGAAGAUUGCUUUACAGGAGCAACUGAAGAAGGUUUUUGAGUCAUGAUGCAAGAAUCUGGGACUGAGACAAAAAGUAACGGUUCAGCCAUUCAGAAUGGAGCGAGCGGUGGCAACCAUUUACUAGAGUGCAGCCUGCGGGAAGUGAGAUCAAACGGCGAGACACCUUCCGUUGAAAUUGGGGCUGCAGAUUUAGCACAUCUCCAGCAACAGCAGGCUCUCCAGGUGGCACGACAGCUUCUCCUGCAACAGCAGCAGCAGCAGCAACAGCAGCAGCAGCAGCAGCAACAAGUUAGUGGAUUAAAGUCUCCGAAGAGGAAUGACAAACAGCCAGCCCUUCAGGUUCCAGUGUCGGUGGCUAUGAUGACACCUCAAGUGAUCACUCCCCAGCAAAUGCAGCAGAUCCUCCAGCAACAAGUGCUAACUCCCCAGCAACUCCAAGUCCUGCUCCAACAGCAGCAGGCACUCAUGCUUCAACAGCAGCUUCAAGAGUUUUAUAAGAAACAACAGGAACAGUUGCAGCUUCAACUUUUACAGCAACAACAUGCUGGAAAACAGCCUAAAGAGCCCCAGCAGCAGCAAGUGGCCACGCAGCAGUUGGCCUUUCAGCAGCAGCUCUUACAGAUGCAGCAGUUGCAGCAGCAGCACCUCCUGUCUCUGCAGCGUCAGGGGCUGCUGACCAUCCAGCCCGGGCAGCCUACUCUGCCUUUGCAACCCCUUGCACAAGGCAUGAUUCCAACAGAGCUGCAGCAGCUCUGGAAGGAAGUGACAAGCUCGCACACAGCGGAGGAGGCAGCCAGCAACAACCACAGCAGCCUGGACCUGUCCACCACCUGCGUCUCCUCCUCCGCGCCCUCCAAGACCUCCUUAAUCAUCAACCCACACGCCUCAACUAAUGGACAGCUAUCAGUCCACACUCCUAAACGGGAGAGUUUACCCCACGAGGAGCACUCACACAGCCACCCGCUGUACGGACACGGCGUAUGCAAAUGGCCGGGCUGUGAAGCAGUAUGUGAAGACUUCCAGUCCUUCCUAAAACAUCUCAACAGUGAGCAUGCGCUGGAUGAUAGAAGUACAGCCCAAUGUAGAGUACAAAUGCAGGUUGUACAGCAGUUAGAGCUACAGCUUGCAAAAGAUAAAGAGCGCCUGCAAGCCAUGAUGACACACCUGCAUGUGAAGUCGACUGAACCAAAAGCCACCCCUCAGCCCCUGAAUCUGGUAUCGAGCGUCACGCUGUCCAAGACCGCGUCCGAGGCGUCUCCGCAGAGUUUACCUCAUACUCCCACCACCCCGACUGCGCCCAUCACUCCCGUCACGCAGGGACCGUCGGUCAUCACUACCACGAGCAUGCACAACGUCGGGCCCAUCCGGAGGCGGUACUCGGACAAGUACAACGUCCCCAUCUCUUCAGAUAUUGCCCAGAACCAAGAAUUUUAUAAGAACGCAGAAGUUAGACCACCAUUCACGUAUGCAUCUUUAAUUAGACAGGCCAUCCUGGAAUCUCCUGAAAAACAGCUAACACUAAACGAAAUCUACAACUGGUUCACGCGAAUGUUCGCCUACUUCCGACGCAACGCGGCGACGUGGAAGAAUGCAGUGCGUCAUAAUCUUAGUCUUCACAAGUGUUUUGUGCGAGUAGAAAACGUUAAAGGGGCAGUAUGGACAGUGGAUGAACUAGAGUUCCAAAAACGAAGGCCACAAAAGAUCAGUGGUAACCCUUCUCUUAUUAAAAACAUACAGACCAGCCACACCUACUGCACACCUCUCAAUGCUGCUUUACAGGCUUCAAUGGCUGAGAACAGUAUACCUCUAUACACUACUGCUUCCAUGGGAAAUCCCACUCUGGGCAAUUUAGCCAGCGCGAUGAGGGAAGAGCUCAAUGGUGCAAUGGAGCAUACGAACAGUAACGGGAGUGACAGCAGUCCAGGACGUUCCCCUAUGCAAGCAAUGCACCCUGUGCAUGUCAAAGAAGAACCAUUAGACCCAGAUGAAAAUGAAGGCCCACUAUCCUUAGUGACAACAGCCAACCACAGUCCAGAUUUUGAUCACGACAGAGAUUAUGAAGAUGAACCUGUAAAUGAGGACAUAGAAUGAGUAUGUCUGACAUCAUUAUCCUGAGAAUGAAGAUUGGAAGAACACGUCAAACUUAGCUGUGAAAUCUCUCCAUUAUUGUACAGUCUGGAGGAUUCUCAGUCCACUUUGACAACUAUGAAAUAUGUUAACUCUUAGUGCCAUCAAGUAUCCCAUUUGGGAGUAUUUUUGAUUUUUCUACUUUUUGUUGAAAAAAGGAAUUUGUACUCUGUGCAUUGGAUGGACUUGUUUGGUACUUGGGAUUUUCCUCUCUUACAGUCAACAUCAGUGUUGUAAAUUUGCUAAACUGAUUCACUUGCAUUUAGCAGCCAGCUGUGGACUGCAGGUCCUGCCAAUUUUGGACACUUGAGGACAUCAAACUGAGCAUGUACACCUGAACUGCAGAUCAAGUCUUUGCCCAGAUUUUAAGGAUUCCAAUGGACAACAUAUUUGCACAGUACUGCAUGUUGAUUAUCACUGCCUUUACUCCAUUUUGGUUGGUUUUUUUUUUUUUUGUUUCGUUGGUUGGUUUUUUUUUUUUUUUUUGCUUCCAUUUGGGAUGGGGAAGGCCUGUGUGUGCACGUGUGUGGGUAUGUGUGCGUGCGUGUGAGCGUGUAUAUCGGGGAGGGGUUCAAAGAAAAAAUUAUCCCAAACUCUUUAAUGUAUUGCUUUUAUUCCCCCGCCCCACUUCUCCUCUACCAUUUUAAGUUCUGACCUCAGGCCUCAUCUGGGCCCAGGGCCUCUCGGAGGCUUCAACGUUUUCUGUACUUUGUGAUGAAUGUUAAUAGGUGUUUUUAUUACACGAAGCUGAAUGUCAUUGAAUUGUUUGUAGUUUUUUCUGUCAUUCAUUCCAAUAUCCUUCAGAUGCCACCAUGUUUUCUUUAGCUAUGGAAAACAUUCCAUUUCGGUGUCUCCUUUUUUGUUGUUGUUUUUUGAAAAGGUCCCAAAUGCUGCACGAUACAUGUGGAAGGGUUGUCCAACGGAGAGAGAGGAACGAAGUACUGCAAGAAUGAGAAUGAAUGACAGAUGAACAUAGAAACACUGUAGGAAGCAACACAGAUUCAUUCCACAAAGCAGUAUUUUUAAUAUAUUCUUGUUUUGUUUAGGUUUUUUGAUUUUUUUGAUUUUUUUUUUUUGGCAGCAACGGUGAAUAUUAGCAAAUGCCACAAAAUUGAACAGCACAAAGAAACAUAUGCAGCACCAACAGAGUUCACUUUUAGUAGAGAAUGAAUAGUACAGUGGCAGGUUCUCGGUUGUUUAACACGAGUUCUAAUGGGUCAACACAUCUUUCUGGAAUAUCUAAGAUUACCGAGAUGGGCACCUAAACAUUUAUUAUUAUUACAACUUUAUUUUUUUCUAUUGUUUUUUUACAUUUGCAUUUGCAAAUAGUGGUUGGAAAGAUGACUUCAUUAAAUUGUUACUGUACAUGGUGAUGUUUCACGGUUAAACAUCAGUUCAGGAUUGCUCGGUGGUGUUAAUCUGUUUGAAUACAAAUUAGAUUUCAGAUUGAACUUGUUACGGGAGUUAAUAAGGAUGGGGCCCCACUAAUGCUAAAGUGUUAAUUUUCAGCUGUGCAAAUCCAGUACUGCAGUUAGGAUUGUUAUGCAAUAUUACACCAGCCAGUAUGGAAACCUCGCCGGAGGAGUCAGGAGAGUUGGGAGAGAAUUGGCGCCGGGGCUUGUUAGGCAAAACUGGCAAAGCUCUGCAAAGCAAACACGACAUACAAAAUCUGUUGCCAUAGGUCAGUAAACCUCAGUCACCAAACACCUAAACAUUUUCAUUCUGCAACCACUUUUCCGUCACUCAUUUAUUUAUGUAGGACUGUAGCUUUUUUUUAUUAUUUCGAAAAGCCUUUCAGAGCUUAAUUUAUAUUCUUCUUUGUACCUUUUUUUUUUCCUAAAAUUACCAAAGAUAUUACACAAAGGUAAAUUAUGUUCUCUGUUAUAUGCUUUAUCUUAUGAAGCCAAAUAUCCUCUUAUUGUUGAUCAAAGGAGGUUGAAGAAUUUAGAGGGAAAUGACAAGAUGUGGGCUAUUGCUAACCUGAGAGGGAAACUGCUCCUUUAUUCUAGAAAAUUUAGAAGGCCAAGUAGAUGUCUGAACCAAAGUUGUUACUUUUUAUUUGCAAUUCUUUACAGUGACCAAAAUGAAAGUCUGUAAAGAGGAAUUGAGGAGAGCUUUUGAGGUUAAAAUUAGGAAUCAGUGUUACUGAGGGAGCUAUGAGAAGGGAGCUGAAGAAAGCAAAGACACAAUUAUUUUGUGGAAAAUUUAGAGUAUCAGAUAAAGGAGACAGUUUAAUAAAACACAGAAGAGAACAGAAAAGCUCCCACAAUUUAACUGGACGACAUAAUGGUAUUUCUAGAAUAAAAAGGAAAAAAAUUUUUUGGUCUUUGGUUCUACAGAUUGUGUGCCACUUCUGUUCCGGGACUGUGCUGGGAUGUCUGCUUUAAUUUUGGUUGAUCUUGGCACAUUUACUCAGUUUUGUUUGGUUUUUGGUCAGCAUUUUUCAUAAGGAAAUAACACUCCUGUCCACUCAUAAGCUUUGGUACAAAAAACUUUAUUGGCAGUUACUUUUAUAAAACUCUGCUUUCUGUUUCAAAAAGACAAGGAAAAAAAAAAAGAAAGAAAAAAAAAGGGCAGUCUGUGGUCAUUUGGAAACAUUUUCUUUAAAUUUUUUUCUUUUUUUUUUUUUUUAAGUUUUGGUUUAAAUUAUAUCCAGGCAGCUUCGUGACGUGCCGGCGGUAGCCAGACAGGGAUCAUGAGAAUUGAGCCCUGUGCUUCAAAACUGAGUGGUUUGCUGGUUAGUUCGGUAUUCAGAAGGGGGAUAAAAAUCUGGUAGAUUAGUUCAUUCUCAGCAUGUGUAGCUAGACAUGAGUAAAGAUAACAGCAUGAGAAAACUGUUAGUACGCAUACCUCAGUCCAAACUGUUAGGGAAUGAGUAAAUAAAAAAUACAUUUCACUCAGUUGCACUUAGUUGUAUGUCUUGCAUGCUUAGUCUAAAGACUGUAGCAAAAAUAAAAAAAAUUAAAAAAAGAGAAAAAGAAACAAAAAAUUAGAGUUUAACAUAUCUGGCAGGUGUUGCAGCCUUGCAGAAGAACCAACUGAAAAUCUCAGGCUUUACAUCAAGCAAACUUCACUAUGAUUUUUACAAUUCUGAUUCUGUAUCCCUUUGGAUAUACAGUUGCUUCUUUAGGGAGGGGUUUAUUAUGUUGUACAUAUAUAUCCCACUGUGUCUGUGUGAGCCUUUGUCUUUUGGGGGGAGGGUGGGGAGGGAGGAAAAGGUGGAAAGGUCCUUUUUUUAGAUAUCAUUCCUCAAAAGGAAUAAAUGCAGACCUGUUUGUCAAAACACCUUUUGCUUUUUGUGCAACUGCUUUAUAUUAACUAUACUAAAAAAUAGCUUUGAAAAAAAAAAAACUACUGUAUGUAAUGGAAUUGCAGAAUACGCUGCACAUGUAUUUUAUUUAGUUAUCCUUGCUUUAAGAAUAUUGGAUGACAUUUGCUGACAUGUGGGAGAAAAUCCCUGACUUUUUUUUUCAGCUUUUAAAUUGUAACAUAGUUGACAGAAUUUUUUUUUCUCCUGUUAUCAUUGAUCGAAGCAUUUUUGUACAGUUUUUGUGUUUAAGCUGGUUUUUUUGAUACUUUCCCACCCCUUCUGUUAUCUUACCACUGCCUUUUCUGGCUGUCUUAAACAAAGUUCAUAUAUUUGAAAGGAGAAAAAAAUCGUUUAAAAAAAAUGUUUUUCUCCUGCUGCAGUAAAUAUUUUGCAUGAUGAAUUCCAGGGUCACACUUUCAAAGUUUAUCAGUGAAGUAGUGAUUAAUAAUGGGGAGUGUCAAACUAUUGAACUUUUUGUAUAAAAAAACAAAAAAAAAACUUUACAAGGUGCCAAGAUGUAAAGACAAUUUGUUACAUGUUUUUUUUCUCAAAGAAAAGCGUACAUUAUGAAAGUAGUACCAUGUAUCAGGUAAAUCGCUGUCAGGAAUGAGAGUCAAAGCCUUCCUUGUCCACAAAAAAAAAAAGUUUGUAAAUGUAAAACCUGUUAGGUUUCUGCAUUCAACUAAAAGUGAAAUGAAAAAAAAAAAAACCAAAAAAACAAAAACAAAAUCAAGGCUUAUGUAGAACAAGUGACCACAAAAAAAAAUAAAGACCUUUUUUUGAUUCUCACUCGCAAGAGUCCCACGGCAGGUCCUGCACCUCCCCUUUCCUGGAGCUCAGCUUCGGGGAGAGACCGGGGCAGGGAUGCUGGUUCUACAAAUAUUGCAGAUCAUUAGAUAUUUUAUAUAUAUACAUACAUAAAAUAUAUAUAUAUAUAAAGUUUUUUAAAAUAAUUUUGAACUAUUGUAGUUUUCAGAUCGCCAAUAAUCUCACGUUCAUUAUAGCAUGGAAAAAAAAAAACCAAACGUGUUUAAACUCUUUUGAAAUCCUUUGGUACCUUUGGUUAAUGAACUCAGAGUGAUUUUUUUAGAUGUUUCAGAAGUCAUUUAGUAUUCUCGUCUUGCGAGGUGAAUUUGCAGUUCAGGACUGCAUUUUAAUGGGCCCAGAACAGGUAACCAAGUAUCUUCUACCCAUAAGCCUUGAUGAAAAUGGUACAGUCCAGACUGUUAGCAUGGUGCUUCGUGUGUAUGUGCUGCCAGUAACAAGAUUUUUUUUUUUGAUAAGGCAUAAAAGAAACUCAUUCCUUACAUCAACUGUAAUUCCAUCAUUCCAUGUCUGUUGAUACAGACAAUAAAAAAUGUUGUGUAGUCAGUACUAAUUACUGACAUUAUAGCAUUCUCAAAUGCAAUAAAAAUGCUGGUUGUUCACACUGGUAAUGCAAGUUGCCAUGUCCGAAGUUCUUGUUUUGUUCUUCCCCCUCACAGUGACUCUGGUGUCACAUCCCAUGGUCCCUGAUCCGAGGGCACCUCAGCCAUGUC